AUGACGUUGGUGGGCACACCCACUUUGUUCAUUGACGGCGAAUGGUGUGCUUCGAGUGAUGGCGGACGUCGGCCCACAUACAAUCCAUACGAUGCUAGUGUUAUUAUGCACGUGGACGAAGCUACGUCCAAUGAUGCCAGGCGCGCGAUUGCGGCGGCCAAAGCCUUCUUUAGCUCGUCGGACUGGUCACGCCGUUCUUACCAAGACCGAUGCGAAUUGCUAAAUCGUAUGGCCGAUUCUCUUCAAAAGAACAAGGCAGAGCUCGCGCGUAUUGAAACCAUCGAUACGGGAAAAACCUUAGGCGAAAGUGAGAUUGAUAUUGACGAUGUCACUAAUGUGUUUCGUUUUUACGCCAAAGAAGCUCUCAAACUUGCCGAAGACAAGCGUGUGACAGGCCCUUUGGUACCAGAAUCAGUGAAGAGCUUGGUUGUGCACGAACCUGUGGGCGUUUGUGUACUUAUCACACCAUGGAACUACCCCAUUCUUCAGCUGUGCUGGAAGCUGGCACCUGCAUUGGCCACCGGCAAUGUGGUCAUCGUUAAGCCAUCCGAAGUAACACCACUCUCUACUAUUUAUCUUGUACACAUGAUGCUCGAAGUUGGCUUUCCUUCUGGCAGCAUUCAGCUGCUUACGGCCUCGGGCGCCUCAAUUGGUUCAGUGCUGACUGAGAGCCCUGAUGUGGAUCUGGUCUCGUUCACAGGCGGUCUUCAGACGGGUCGCUCGAUCAUUCGCAGCUGCGCCGAAACAGUGAAACGAUGCACGGUCGAGUUGGGUGGCAAGAACCCCAAUAUUGUGUUUGCUGAUUGUGAUUUGGAUUGGGCGAUUGACAACGUGACAACGGCCGUGUUUGUGCACAGCGGGCAGGUAUGCUCGGCCGGUGCGCGUCUCAUUGUGGAAGAGUCGAUGGCCGACAAACUCGUCAACGGCGUCGUGGAACGGGCGCAGCGCAUCGUCAUGGGCAAUGGUCUCGAUGCGGCUUCUGAAACUGGGCCACUGGUGUCGGCGGAGCAUCGCGCCAAAAUCGAGGCGUAUGUGAAACUCGCUCAAGAAGAAGGAGCUGUGAUCCGCUGUGGCGGAGUCCGUCCCGAUCCUGUCGAGUUUCCGCACCUUGCCCAGGGCUACUUUUUCCUGCCGACGGUGCUAGACAAGUGCGAUCGGACUAUGCGUGUUGUGCAGGAAGAGUCGUUCGGACCGAUUCUGACGGUCGAGCGCUUCCCCGACGGUGACGAAGAGACAGCUAUUAUGCUGGCGAACGAUACCAAAUACGGUCUGGCUGGUGGCGUGCAAAGUAAGGAUCAGGCACGAGCCGAGCGCGUGGCUCGUCGGCUGCGGCACGGUACAGUUUGGACCAACACCUAUGGCUUGUACACGGCGCAGUCGGAAUGGGGUGGCUACGGCAUGUCAGGCAAUGGCCGCGAGCUAGGAAGCAAGGGCCUAGACGAGUACAUCGAAGUCAAACACAUUUGGAGUGAAUCCAAGCCAGCCAUGAUGGAUUGGUUUAAAGGCCAGGGCAAAAAGCACAAUACGGCACGUAUGUAG